ACGACUAAUGAAUUUUGUUGACUUUCAUGACACACACUCUCUCUCUCCCCCUCUCUCUCUCCUUUACCAAAAGCUUCUCAUCUCAUCUCAGCCUCUCUCUCUCUCUCUCUCUCUCUCUCUCUCUCUCCUUUACCAAAAGCUUCUCAUCUCAUCUCAGCCUCUCUCUCUCUCUCUCUCUCUCUCUCUCCUUUACCAAAAGCUUCUCAUCUCAUCUCAGCCUCUCUCUCUCUCUCUCUCUCUCUCUCUCUCCUUUACCAAAAGCUUCUCAUCUCAUCUCAGCAUUUGCAUUAUCCCACCUGUGUAUAUUCCAACUGGGAAAGCAUACAAAAACCACUGUGUAUUUAUGAACUAUGUCAGCAAAGCAAACGGGCUUUGACUCCUCACUUUUCGUACCAAUACCAUGUACAUAUUCUGUAACUCCGGCAUCCAUUCACUCCUCCGCAACAUUUUAGAUCUGUGAGGCAAAGCUGCUUUCUGGUUCCAGAUCACUUCUUGAGUUCCACCUUUAAAGUGUUUGAGAAAAUUCCCAAACACGGAUCAAUUGUGGAUCAUGAAUUCAACAGAUGGUGAAAACACCAUGGAAAAAGAAAAAGAUAACUAUACGAAGGACGGGACGGUAGAUUAUCGUGGUAACCCUGCCAACAAGAAGAAAACCGGAACUUGGAAGGCUUGUCCCUAUAUCCUAGGGACUGAAUGUUGUGAAAGAUUGGCGUACUAUGGAAUGAGCUCCAACUUGGUGCUUUAUUUCAAGCAUCGACUCAAUCAGCAGAGUGCAACCGCUUCUAAAAAUCAAUCCGAUUGGUCCGGUACAUGUUACAUCACACCACUAAUUGGUGCAUUUCUUGCUGAUUCCUAUCUCGGAAGAUAUUGGACAAUUGCCUGCUUCUCAAUCAUCUAUAUCUUCGGAAUGACUCUGUUGACAUUAUCCGCAUCAGUUCCGGGCCUAAGGCCAGCCUGUGUUACGAAAGAAGAUUGUCACCCAACACAUACACAGAGUGCAGUCACCUUCCUUGCUCUUUACCUGAUAGCAUUGGGGACCGGAGGGAUUAAGCCAUGUGUCUCUUCCUACGGAGCAGAUCAGUUCGAUGAUGCUGAUGAAGCCGAGAAGAAUCACAAGAGCUCUUUCUUCAACUGGUUCUAUUUCUCAAUCAAUAUCGGUGCACUCAUUGCCUCUUCUGUGCUUGUUUGGGUACAAGACAAUGUGGGUUGGAAUUGGGGGUUUGGCAUUCCCACUGUGACCAUGGCACUUGCUGUUGCGAGUUUCUUUUCCGGUACUCGGUUGUAUCGGAACCAGAAGCCCGGAGGCAGUCCUCUGACUCGGAUAUGUCAGGUGAUAGUGGCAUCGGUGAGAAAAUGUCACGUUAAAGUGCCUGAAGAUAAGUCUCUUUUGUAUGAGACAGCAGAUGCAGAGUCUACCAUCAAAGGAAGCCGGAAGCUUGAUCACACGAAAGAUCUGAGUUUCUUCGAUAAGGCUGCUGUGGAGGUAGAAUCCAAUGAUAAGAAGAGCUCAAAAGACCCAUGGAGCCUUUGCACGGUGACCCAAGUUGAAGAGCUAAAAGCCAUUGUGAGACUGCUUCCAAUAUGGGCUACAGGUAUCAUCUUUGCUGCUGUAUACAAUCAGAUGGGCAACUUUUUCGUGUUGCAAGGUGAGAGAAUGAAUACCCGUUUAGGCCACACUAGCUUCCACAUCCCACCUGCAUCACUUGGUAUUUUCGACACCCUCAGUGUCAUCUUCUGGGUCCCAAUAUAUGACCAAAUCAUUGUUCCAUUCGCCAGAAAAUUUACCGGCCACAAAAACGGAUUGACUCAACUUCAGCGAAUGGGCAUUGGCCUCGUCAUAUCCAUCUUCACUAUGCUAUCCGCUGGUAUUUUGGAGCUUGUAAGGCUUAGAAUUGUCAAAAAACACAACUACUACGACCUCAAACAGAUGCCCAUGUCUAUAUUUUGGCAAGUUCCACAAUACUUUUUAAUUGGGUGCGCAGAAGUAUUCACCUUUAUCGGACAGUUGGAAUUUUUCUACGAGCAAGCACCAGAUGCCAUGAGGAGUUUGUCCACCGCUCUCUCACUCACCACCGUCGCGCUAGGAAACUACUUGAGCUCUCUGUUGGUUACUAUUGUCACCUCAAUUAGUACCAAAAACGGGAACCUCGGCUGGAUACCUGACAACUUGAACUAUGGUCACCUAGACAACUUCUUCUGGCUCUUGGCCAUAAUGAGUGUACUCAAUUUAGGGGUCUAUCUCUUCAUAGCGAACUGGUACACGUAUAAAAGGCCGGUGGGGACUCUCCGUUGAUAGCAAAAGAGAAGCGGCAUUGAUUAAGAAAUAUAUACUCCUGCAAUCUAUUGUUUUCUUGGAUUUCAGCACUGUGAUUCAAGCUUUGUGUAUAUAGUCUGCUUUAAAAAUCAUCCUGCAUUUGAAGAAUUUGGUGAAGAGAUGAUGAUUAUAUGAUUAUGUAAAACAAGUCAAGCACAAUCAAAGUGAAAAUGAACUUACCUGCUUUAUUGAAAUAUUUUGAUUUCCCUGAUAA